AAUACACAGGCGCAGUCGUUCGAAAAAAUGUUCCAUAGCGGCGCAAUGAAUCAACAACAGUGGAUUCAGAAAUUAACACACUUUCAGGCUUACUGUCGUGGUUAUUUAAUGAGGAAAGAUCUGAGUUCGGUCCGCACCCAGUUUGAAGACAUUGUGCGAGAGAUUGAUGGAAAUUUGGAUCAUUUGCUCUGGAGAGGAAACAUCAUACCCAAACCUCACUUUACUGACACUAAAAGCCUAUUACUGAAGUAUGGAUGCUCCAGGAAUCAGUGCAAUGACCAUCUUGAUGACUCGGCGAAGGAACAGAAAGUAGACUAUGAGGACAGUAAAUCUGUCUUACGAUCUGAAGUUCUGGUACCUGAGAGAGACGAAGCUCCUAAAACAGCCGGUGCAGAAGCUUCUACACUUUUGGAUGGGGAUGUGGAACAGAGAGAUAAUCUGACGGAUGAUUUUACUACACUUUGUAGUGCUGUGAAUCCAGAUAUUAGUCACAGCAGCUUACUUCAGAAAGGAACCCAUGUGCAUUCUGUUUUUAAAGAUGGAGCACAUACUGCUGACUCUCUGAGACAGCAGAGAAGUGCUUUGGCCAUGGAACUUCUGUGGAUCCAGCAAGCCAUUAGAAGCAGAAAGAAAUAUCUGACCCUCAAGCAGAGAAUGGAUGUGUCGCACUAAUGCUGGGCCAGCUGAAUCCACCACUGUGUGACGAGAGAUCUUUUUCUAAUUGUUUAAAAGGAAUAUUCCGGGUUCAAUACAAGUUAAGCUCAAUCGACAGCAUUUGUGGCAUAAUAUUGAUUACCACAAAAAAGCUCAAAUAAUACAUGAGUUUUAUCAGAAGAAUUAACGUAAGUGCUUUAAUAAAAUUAUAAGCUUCAUAUUUUUGCCUUUAAACCCUCCAAAAAUUGGCCCCAUUCACUUCUAUUGUAAGUGCCUCACUGUAACCUCCAUUUAAAAAAAAAAGUUUAAAUACUUUUUUGAGGUAAUUGGCAUUAUGACACAAAUGCUGUCAAUUGAGCUUAACUUGUAUUAAACCUGGAAUAUUCUUUUAAGCCUGUAUAACAUUUCCUGUGCUGCUGGGAGGGAAGAAUAUUUUAACUACACAAUGUUUGUGAAUUAUUUAAAUGUAUAUUUAUGAACCUGUUUUCUGUGCUCCUUUUUGUAUAUUUGUUAAAGAAUAAUAAUUUAGUUUUGUACAAAACAUUUUAAAUAAAUAUCAAAUGCACAUACAUGGAAUGGAGAUGGAAGAGUUUGUUUUUCUGUAACAGAAAGCCAACAGACAAUCCACAAAACAUCAAGGCAAACCUUUCUCAGUUACAUCAAAUCAAACUGUUUUACUUUAAACUGUUUCCUCUUGAUUUUUCCAAUCAGUAAAUGGUUUAAUACCUUUUGAGGCACAAGUCAUACAAAGUCAUACUGUGUGACAGGCUUACAUUUUUGCUGUUUAAAAGCUAAAUAAAGCAAACGGUUUUUGCUCAUUGCCAACCUAGAAAGGUUCUUUACCUCCCUGUGAUCCAGAAUGUGUGAUAUUUCUGUUCUCUGGUCUGCUGGGUGGUGAUAAGGUACAUUAUUCUCUGAAAACACACAAAUCUCCACAUACACACACAUUCAGAGCUUUGUAUGCAGAAUCCUGGAUUUAGCUAUUUUAAAUGUAAGAUUAAAUUGCUUAACUAUUUUGUUUUGCACAAUCUAUAUGUGUUCAAAUAGUAUUGUAAUUUCUCUAUGAAUAGACAUGAAGUUAACUAGAUGUUCUAAAUACAUUGACAAUUAAGGAUUUACUUUUGUCUUCUCUCUAACCCUCUCUCUCCUCCCUCACCCCCCCUCUCUCUCUCGUAGUUGCUGAAGCCCCACAAAGGCA